AAGAUUGGCUUCGAAAACGCCAGCCCGGAACAAUGUUGUGGUGGAGUGCCAACCUUCGUGAACUUGAUUGGGAUCGUGCGCAAUCGGCCUUGCGUCGUCGGAUCUCUCAGCAGCGGUAUCCUCCUGCGACUGGACCUUCCGGUAGCAGGAACGAAAGAGUACGCAAUGCUACACUUGAACAACGCUUUGCUGCGAUUGUCUGGUUACUCUCGAGCUCCAAAGGCAUGGCAGAGCUGACCAUCGAGCACGGUUACACCCCACCCACAUUCCGGAUUUCCAGAAUGUCCUCUAUUUUGAGCUCCAUGAUCGGCAGCUGCUGGGUUGCGUUUCCUGCUCAAACCGGGGCUUGGGAGAAAGUACUGAUGAACUCCGAAAGGGAUGGAUGUAUAUGCCUCCGAACGCGUCGGGACGCUCUUCGCACGUGGUUUGAUAUGUUGGUUUGGUUGGAAGGUAUCCCUCCGUCAUUGGAAGGAAUCGAUGAUGAGUCAUGCAUGCGUUGCCGGACCUUGUAGGGUCCAGUCACGCUACCAUGAGGAUCUAGCUAUUGAUGGAGUGGUGCGCCCGGAUUCCCAGUUGUGGAAUAUCAUGUGCUACCACGCUAUCCGCACCACACGACGGGAUAAUGCCGAGCUGCUCGCCAUCUCUUCGAAGCGUAUAAGCCAAACGGGCAAGCGACUAGUGGAAAGAACGCUAAACCCCGUGUUAAAGCGCGGUCAGAUAGACCUCACGUUUGCUCCGCACAUCAACGAGUAUCCGAAAGACUUGCGUUUCUCUGCUGCACAGAUGUCCUGCAUACUUCCUGCGGAUACGCAGCUAAACACUUCGUGGCCUGUCCAACUUCCGGAUAAUGUUUUGGAGGAUGCAAACGAUCCCUGGAUCAUGCUAGGCAUCAUUGCAUGGAUGUCCGCUUGUUGUCGUUCUGGUUUUGAAGAGUCCACUCGCCAGGACCGACAUGACGAGCGGUGGCACACCCACUAUCUCGACUAUGCGAGCGAGUUCACCGAGUUCCUUUAUAUGCCUGGACGCCUUCCACGAUUAUCUGCAGCAGGCAUCGAGCUCUGCCAUCGACUUCGCAUAAGCGAAUCCGACAGAACUGUCCUAUCUCAGUUUGGAAGUGACCCCCGGCAGUGGUGUCUCAUUGUUUACGUUGCUGUGGCCAUGUUCCUGCGCAGCAGAGAUGUCAGUCUUCCUGGCUGUCCGAGGUGUCGGGUUCUCUUUGAAAGGUCCUGUACCACCGCUUCGCCGACUUUGAAAGUCGAUGUGACAGGUUCUGGCGAACCGCAGCCGACCUUCCCCACAAACGGUGCUGAUGACGCUCAGCGCUUACCUGACCUGCUCCUCCGGUCUUCGCUAGACCAUAAGAGUACGAAGCACCUUGUUGAUGAUGACAUGCACGCGGCAGACAAGUUUCCAUCCAUCCAUCGGUCUAAUCUCCCCGUCUCUGGCCCUACCGCAUGUCGCUCUGAAACCUCCCUCCCGGAACCCGCGGGAAUGGAGGCAUUCACGAGCAUCACGCACAACAAAACUCUUUCCAAAAAUGAAAUGCAGUCGCGAUUGACUCAGCAGUUCCACAUACUGCUCCAAUACGUAGAUUUCCUCGGGUUAGAUACCUCCACUUGUUUCCGUAAUCCCGAUGGGGAUAACACGCCAUAUCUCGGGAGCCCAACGGAAAAGCUUCCAGCAGGCGGUUUACUGAGAGAAUCCCUCCCUGACCCUUCGAGACUUACGGAGUUAGAUAUGAUUGAAACAAUUAAAGAUAAGUUCCUUGAGAUGCUCCGGGAACUCGAUUUACCAUGUGAGCACUUGCCUUGGUAUACCCUUGAGAAAGACCUAGAGGAGCACGGGUUUGUACUCGUCAAUUGGCCGGCUGGGGUUCGCAAGCGCGGCAAUAAAGGAAUCCGUGACUUGAGUACAGCGGACAUCAACUCACUCUACCAGGCGAUUAUGCACUCGGACGAAGCGUCUCGGCUUCGUAUUUGCCGCCGCCCACCAGAACUUACAGUGGUUCCAGCAAACUAUACACUACCCAAUUCAUCAAGCUCGAAGCGGCCCAUGCAGUUCGGCGACUCGGGCGGCCACCCGCCAAAAAGAACCAGAUUCAAGGAUGAGACUACGAGACUCUUCACACCAAGUCUCAUCUAAAACUCGUGCCGAGUCAAGGACUUCGUUUACAUAUUACAACAAUUGACCAUUGGUUACAGUAAUGCAUGUAUUAUUUGACUGCGUACCGCUCAUAAUAUUUGUAUAUAUAGGACUUUUCAUCGGAUUUAGACUUUGACUACAAUAUGUACUUAUCUUGACGCCGUAUACCGUGCCAUUUGUGUGGUGAAUGCGGUGUACCGAACUUUGCAUUUUAUUUGGCAUAUUAGAUUGACUGUAUUUUACAUACAAGUACGGAUUCAGAUGCACCGAAGGUCACCGCUAAGCAGUCCAAAAGAACAUU